CGGAAAAGCUGAAGACGAAUCAAGCAAACCGUGCCGGCUUUGUUUGGAAUGCGCCAUGGCUGCGACAACAGCAGACGAACAGAUGCUACAGGCGAUCUGGACGGGGGGCACCAACUUGGCCUUUGUGCCCGUCUUUGUGCUGACGUACCAGGAGGGCAUGCACUACGAAUGCAUUAUUGGCUUUUUCACCAUGGUGACCUCCAGCCUCUACCAUGUGUGCGAAAGUUUACAAGUCAAAUUCUUAGGCUUCAACCAUGGCCGAUGGCAUCACAUGGAUAAUGUCUUCGCGGUCACAGCUCUACUGCUCAACAUCGCCAACUUUGCGCAGGGCCCAAGGCCCUCGGCCUUCCGAGAGUUGCGGAACUCGCUCGCCACGAGUGUGGUGGUUUGCUUUCAAGUGGCGUCGCCCUGGAACUUGAUGCACACCAUCUUGCCCUUGGUCUUUGGUUUCGUCCUGCUGCUGGUGGAAUUGGCCUACUGGAGAAGGCUGCCAAGCUUUGGCAAAGCAGACCUCUUUAAGACCCUAUUGUGUGGCUCUGCAGCAGGGCUAUGUUUCUACAAAGGCUUGGAUGAGACAAAGGAUUAUCUGCGACUUUGGCAUGGCGGUUGGCACCUUUGUGUGUCUGCCAUGACCUACUUCUCGGUCAAAAGCCAGAACCCUCACCACAAACUUGCUGAAGUGGCAGCCAAAGAUGCGUGAAAAAAGAGACGAACA